ACGGGGGCAAAACUUCGCACGGCGUCCCAGACGAGCCAAUCAGUGCAUCGCUCGCCGCCUUGUGUCAUUAGCUACAAAUCCAUCAGCAAACCUAAAGACGACUUCCUCGUCAACUCUGAGGCCCAAAGCGCAUUUGCCAGAAAACCAAAAACUUUUGUCAGCUUAAUGAAACAUGAAGGGGCCCGAGAGCGACACGGCUCAGGCGGUAACUAAAGAAGAAGUCUGCGAGGAGUAUCUGGAUUACUGCGAGAAAACGUGGCUGGGAAGCAAAAGUCAAGUGUGUCACGAGCGGAGUUUGAUCUUGAAGGCGAAGCAUUUCCUGAAGUCCGAGCCCAGUCCGCAAAAGAGGUUCGGGGUACUGUCCUUCUACCAGCACGUCCACGAGUGCGUACAAGCGAGUGACAAGGGCUGCCGGGCAGUGUGUCAGGCGCUCGUCAAGGCUAUGGAAGUGCUGGAGAGUUACUGCAUCAACCUGCUGCUCUUUCCGUGGAGGAAGGAGUUCCGAUCGCUUAAGACCUUUACUGGGCCCUUUGUGUAUUUCAUUCAGCCAGUGCUUCCAAGAAAUGUCAUCCAUGGUAUUUUGGACAGUAUGGGCUACAAACCCCACACAGACACUGAAUUCCAACUGUGUCGGGAUAUUGAUAAUGAAAAAAUAAAGAAGAUUGGAUUUGAAUUAUUCCUGGCUAGGCAAGAAUGUGAAUAUUUGGUGGAAGCUAUGGAUCAAAUGAAAGAUGCAGAAUGCUUACAACUUCUUCAAACUAGGGCUUCUAAUUCUCUUGCCUAUGAAGAUUAUCAGCAGCCUUUUACAUGUGAACGUCCUAAAGAAACCUCAUCGUCAUUUACAGAGGCACACAUGACAGAUCGUGCCUUUCUAGAACCUGUUGAUGUUUUACAACAGAAUGACAAACUCAUGCCAAGAUCCAGUGAGAAUAUGAACUCCGAGCUGAAUAGCCUAAACCCAUGUUCAAUGAGUGAAGACAAAUCAAUUGCUGAUAUAUACAGUGAAUAUCCUGACCUUGCUAUUCACCAGAAGCCAAUUUUCGGAGAAGUUAAAAAAGUGAAGAACACGGUUAUAUGGUCUGAUGUGUCUGCUGCACCAGGUGAACUAUGUAGUCAGCCUGAAUCAACUGAACCUAACACAAAUGCAGUGUUCUCUGAGUUUUCAUUUACCUAUCCCAAUACUAUUAGUGACAUACGACCUCGAGAAGAAAGAAAAAUUGUGACCACCCCUACAGAUUUGAAAAAUCCAAAGGAUCCAGAAGUGCUGACUGCUACACUUCCACUGGUCAGUUCAGUAUCACAUGUGGAAAAGGACCCAGCACAAGACCACUCAAACUAUGAUGAGGUCCUUCCACAUUUGUUUUCCCAAAUGAAAAUUGAAGAUCAAAGAGGAGAAACCAUGAAAUAUCCCAUUGAGGAGACACUGCCUCCUGAAUUCGAACCUCACGACUGCCAUCGAAGCAGACACUUAAAAGACUCAACUUUAGUUGGCGUAAGCCAUUCUAAUUCACCCAAGAAACUGAUACAAUCAGUCAUGUGCAGAGCUUCUUCAAAUGUCAUCUGCCAUGUCAAGGAAUGCAGUAGCUGUGUCAAAAAUGAACCUAUUAAAAGGAAUCUGUACCAGGAUGGCGAUUCACUAGAAUGCUGUACUAAAUCUGACAAACAUAACAACAUUAAAGAACCACCACAGUCUUUUUAUAUUCCCCCAUGUUUGGAAAACCAAAGUCCAACCACUGACUCUGAAAGAGGUGAUUUUUUAUGCCUAAAGAACAGCAGCACUGACAAAGAUAUACAGCAGUCACAAUGUGACUUUUCACCUUUGAAUGAUGAUGGAUUUGUUUUGGUUUAGAUGACUGAAAUAUAAACCGUGUUUAUCAAGAGAAGCAUGUUAGCAACCCUUUACUGACUAUGUUAUUAUGAGCCGUUACAUUACAAAAAUCAGAUUUCCAGGCUUGCCGCAAGAGGGACACUUUUAACGAGUGCUUUUGGUUCUAAGGAUUUUAUUAAUUUCUUUCUGUAAUUGGACACCUAUCUAACUGGAAAUAUUGCUCUUCUUUUUACACAUAAUGUGUUGAUAAAGCAUCAUUCAAUUAAAGUUUGCUUCACUUA